UCUUAAUCAAAAGUUUACGCAGUCGGGUUUUUCUUGUCGUGUCUUGCUUAAAUGGUGGCUUGCACGCGCGCAUUACUUGGACUUUGUUGGAUGUGCAGUAAAUUCUAAGGCGGAUUCGUUUGAUCUUGCUUGUUCCGACGACUAUGGAGAACUCCAAAGAGCCCGCCACCACGGCGGCUGCUACCCAAGCGCCAAUUCAAGAUGCCGAAGUGAACAACCACGGCGAUGCUGCACUUGCGAAGAGGGUUUUGCGCAAAAUCGAUUGGCGCCUCAUUCCACUCAUGUUCAUCACCUACAACUUGAAUUUCAUGGACAAGACAAUUCUAUCCUCGGCAUCUGUAUUUGGUCUGAGGGACGACACGCAUUUGAAAGGCCAGCAAUACUCGUGGGUAUCGAGUGUCUUCUACUUUGGAUACUUUUUCUGGGAAUACCCUACUACAUUCCUGAUUGCACGAAUCCCAGUUGCUAAGUACCUUGCCGCCAAUACUUUCAUGUGGGGAACAGUCGUUGCUUUGACUGCCAUUUGCCACAACUAUGGUGGCCUUAUCACUGUUCGAUUCUUCCUUGGUGUGGCAGAAGCUACAAUUACACCGGCAUUCAUGUUCAUCACAAGUACAUGGUACACCCGUGACGAGAUACCUACACGAACGGGAAUCUGGUUUGCAGGCAAUUCUGUUGGAGGUCUUGUGGCGUCCUUCCUCGCAUUCGGUGUUGGACAUAUUGAGGAUUCGCUCGCGCCAUGGAAGUGGAUGUAUAUCAUCCUCGGAGUCUUGACCUUCGUCUGGGCCAUUCCUAUGCUUCUUUUCCUUCCCGACAGCAUCGAGAAGGCCAAGUUCCUUACAGAGGAAGAGCGCAAGUUUGCUGCCGAUCGCGUGGUCAUCGCCGGUACCGGACGAACCGACAAUGCAGGAUGGAAGCUCGAUCAAGUCGUCGAGUGUCUCAUUGAUCCCAAGACCUGGUUGAUCUUCAGCAUGAGUCUGCUAACCCAAAUUCCCAACGGCGGAACCCAGAACUUCGGAAACAUCGUCCUGAAGAGCUUCGGAUUCACCAGCUUGCAGUCGACUCUGCUCGUCAUUCCCGCUUCCGUCAUCGCCGCCGGCACGAUCGCUGGAACUGGCUGGAUCGCUGGCCGCUUUCGACAGCUCAACUGCAUCCUCAUCAUCUGCGUCGUCACUCCCGCCAUCGUCGGUAGCUCAUUGAUCUACGUCCGCCCGCGCACCUCCUCAGGUGUCCAGCUCUUCGGCUACUUCCUCCUUUCAACCGGCCCCGGCGCCAUCCCACUGUUGAUGUCUCUCGUCGGCUCGAACUACAAGGGUGUCACCAAGAAGAUGACCAUGACCGCGCUUCUCUUCAUCGCAUACUGCGCCGGUAACAUCGCAGGCCCACAGUUCUUCCGCGCAACCGAUGCGCCCCAUUACAACAUGGCAUUCCGCGCCAUCCUUGUGUGUUACUGCCUCGUCGUUGGCAUGGCAGUUGCCCUCCGCUUCUACCUCCAGUGGCUCAACGCCAAGAGAGAGCGCGAUGAGGGAGUCAAGGGAAGCGCAGGCGCAGGUGGUGUUGUUGCUGGUGGCAAGAUGGCGGAUGCGAUGGAUGGCGAUUUGACCGCCAGAGUUGGAGAGAUCGAACUUCAGGCUGAGGACUAUGACGAUGUUACUGACUGGAAGACCUUCGGUUUCAGGUAUCGUCUAUAAGGAAGGUAUUCGCGUCCUGUAGGAAACAUGCAGUGGAAGUUUAGUUCGCUGUGUCCUGUUGGUCUCCUCUUUUUUAGAUGGCGAUCGAAUUGGCCAGUACCAUCUAUCAUAGCUAAAAGCUCAGUGUGGUCAAAAUAAUACCCUCUCAACCAUUUCAACACCUUCAGCUAAUAGCUCGGUGUCGUCAUGAUAAUACCC